GUGAAACGCCCCAAUAGAGUCGUGCUCUAGUCAUUCCAGAGAAUGAGAAGAAACGAUCCAUAAACUAAUGCUCCCAGAUGAAGGAACAUCCGUGAGAAGAUCUGGAGUGAGGCCCACAGGAUGACUAAAAGGCCUGACUAAAAGGACUAAUUUGAGGAAGCAUCAAGUAAAGCAAGCCGUGUCACCAUAAUGUCAGAUUACCCGAGCAACACAGGCAAUGAGCCAUUAAAUCAUUCCUUCUGCUUUUCAAUAAAUGCAUCUAUAUUACCAGUCAACCACACCAUCGCCUCAGCCUACUUCUCGGGCGUGUUCUGUGCACUGGGCCUCAGCUCCAAUCUGUUUGCCUUAGUGGUGCUGGUCAAGUCCUUCAAGCAAACACACAGCCGCUCUCGCUCGUCCUUUCUUCUCUUUCUGGGCGGUCUGGUGGUGACUGAUUUCAUGGGCCUGCUGGUCACUGGAAUCAUUGUAGUCUCUUUCCACAUCACACAUUUCAAAUGGAUGGAAGUAGAUCCUCACUGUCAUCUCUGCAACUUCAUGGGCAUGUCCAUGGUGUUCUAUGGCCUGUGCCCUCUCCUUUUGGGUGCCACAAUGGCUGUGGAACGAUUUGUAGGCAUCAUGUGUCCCUUUGCACGUUCCACCAGCAUGUCAAAGAACCGAGUGUGUACCACUGUGGUCAGUGUGUGGGUGACAGCCGGGUGUAUCGGCCUGUUGCCUCUGCUCGGUCUGGGCAGCUACCACCUCCAGUACCCGGGUUCAUGGUGCUUCCUAAAAAUCAGCUCUUUCCCCCAGGAUAUGGCCUUCUGCCUGCUGUUCUCACUAGUUGGGAUAUUCUCUCUUGCUACAUCAUUCAUCCUAAACACAAUAAGCCUGGUCAAAUUGCUGAAGCUCUGUUGUGGACAGGACUCCACUCAGCGCCGGAGAGACUACGAGGUGGAGAUGAUGGUGCAGCUUAUCUUCAUCAUGGUCAUUGCAUCCAUCUGCUGGUAUCCACUGCUGGUGUUUAUUGCGCAGACAGUGUCUUCUGAGACAAAGAAGGACAUCCACAGACUACUACUCGUCUAUAUUCGCUUCGCUACUUGGAACCAGAUUCUCGAUCCCUGGGUCUAUAUCCUCUUCCGCCGUUCCGUGCUGAAGCGGGUCUAUCCUCGCAUGGACUGGUCGCGUGGCUCCAUCAUCAGCCUUUCCCCAACUAUGUCCACCACCAGGAUCAGACUCACUCGUGCCUCUAUAGCACGCCCUGAGGAUCUCAACGAGCAAAUCUCAGAAGAUCCAAAGCGGAAAGUUUCUUUAUUGUCAAAGCAUAGAGACUCUUCUCCUUCUUGAUCAACACUCAGGGCUUUUUAUGGCUUCAAGCAUCAUUUUUGUUUAUGUAAAAUCUGAUGUAACCACUUUUAAAUGGUUCAUUCUUCUUUGAUGGCUACAUGACUACAUGUAUUAAUAUUUGGCUCACUUUUGUUAACACUCACUUUUCCAACAGAGACGUUUCAUUUAGUUCAGCUUAAUUUGAUUUGUAUAAGAUGUAAAGGUGAGCUAGUUUCUACUUGCUAAUAAAUGUGAGCUAAUUUCUACUAGCUAAUGCAGCUGUAGCUGUUGGUAGUCUAUUUGGGAAGGCAGAAGGACAUUAAGCAGUAUUCCAAUUUCCAUAGUUGUGUAUGUUUAAGGUUUUUGCCAUUUUAAAUUAUACUACAGGUUUAGAGAUGGUCCUAGGUUGACUUCCUGAUAAACUGAUAAACUGCAUGCUUUUAUAAUGUUUUGCAUGGAACAACCUCAUAUGAUCAUGUGCACAAGCACCCAAGAGGACAGAACUUUUUCUUGCAUCAACAUGUAUUCAUUUUUUCACAUCACCUGGGAGAUGCACAAAAUCUUAAAAAAAUAAAAUAAAAUAAUAAUAAUGCAACAUAUAUGUCAAAUGUAAUAAUCCAUAAUAAUGUCAAAUGUAAUAAUCCAUCUGGAUAGACAUCUUUUAAAUUUUACAAUCAAUCCAUCUGCCAGAAACUCCAAUUCCCAGAACCUGUUCACUCCCCAGUCUCUGUCAGUCAACUUCACACACUCACAGGUUUACUAAUCACUCUCACCUCUAGUUCAUUAGCAUAUGUGCAUAUAUUCACUCAUUUCCAGCUGUUUCUUUGCAAAAAGGGUUUGUGUAUUUUGUCUGCAGUUCUGAGCCUUUUGUUGUUCUGUUGGUUUUGUUUCUAUAUUUCUUUUGUUUCAUACCACAGUAAUGUUUUACACUUCUUUUAUAAAAUAAUAUAUAUAUAUAUAUACUAUUUUAUUGGACUUGUUCUGCUAUAUUAUUGUUUCUAUAUUAACAGCUUAUUCCUGGAACUUGUAUGGUGGACAUGCCAGGUAAUCUAAGGCUGACGAUAAACACUUUUUUUAAAGUGUUGUUAUUUAAAAAAGAAAAGCAUUUAAGUAGUGAUACUGGGACGUCUUCUAUACGGAGGCUUUUAUUCACUAUUCACUGAAGGAGUCUCCGGGAUCAGCAUGAUUUGUGAGGGUUUUACUAACUUCAAGAGAGAGAAAAAAUAGAAGCUAGUGAGGGAACGUCUUCAGUUCUCAUGCACUCUGAGAGAGUGCAUGAUGUUGCAAAACUUGCUUUACUUUCUGAUGAGUUACUGUUAUGGCUGUCUUAAUAAAUGGAAUUUGUACAUUGGCAGUUAAAAAUUUUCAUACACUGUAUUAACACUUUAACUCAGUAAAACUAAACCGUUAAACAAU